GAAGUUGCAGAGCUGCUGGUUGGAGAGCUGGAGGCAUUCCCACGUUAGUGGGAGCGUUGAGGGCGUUGCUCUUUCACUGAAGUUGCUGGACCUGACUUUGCCAGAGGAGGACAGUCGGCCACGGGUUAUGAGCCUGAAACUUCGAAAAUGCAGAAAAGUCAGACCGAGCACCUCUACAAAAUCUUAGUGAUCGGCGACCUGGGUGUGGGGAAGACCAGCAUCAUCAAGCGUUACGUGCAUCAGAACUUUUCCCAACAUUACCGAGCGACUAUCGGUGUGGAUUUCGCACUCAAAGUCCUGAACUGGGACUCGGAGACGGUGGUGAGGCUGCAGCUGUGGGAUAUAGCGGGUCAAGAACGAUUUGGGAAUAUGACAAGAGUCUAUUACAGAGAGGCCAUUGGAGCAUUUAUUGUUUUUGAUGUUACUCGAUCCACCACAUUUGACGCAGUGUCAAAGUGGAAAGAUGAUUUAGACUCUAAACUGACUCUACCCAAUGGGAAACCUGUCUCUGUCGUCCUCCUGGCAAACAAGUGUGACCAAGGGAUUGAGUCCACAGCCACCAACUCCGGCAAAUUGGAUCAGUUCUGCAAGGAGCAUGGAUUUGUGGGCUGGUUUGAAACAUCAGCAAAGGAAAAUGUCAACAUUGACGAAGCAGCUCGAUGUUUGGUGAAACACAUCAUUGCCAGCGAGAAUGAUCUUGUAGAGUCUGUGGAGUCCGAUGUCAUCACCCCUACCCUCAAUUCCUUCAGAAGCAAUGGCAACUGCUCAUCCUGCUUUAAGUCCUAGGUCUGGGUGUUGCUGUAACUGCAAUCAAGUUACAGCUUUCACACUGAGAUACAAUGUUGGCAAAACAGCCUUUAUAGUUGGGAAACUUUGCUAACUGUUAUCUAGAGGGAGGUGGGAAUCAGGAGAAAAGUAAAUAAAAUCUGUGUUUUCAAUAUCAUGGUCUUAAAAGAAUGUUACCAAAUAUGCAACUUCAGGGAGGCGCUGACUUUAUGACUGGGGAGGGAGUAAAAUCAUGCAUCACUUUUAUGGCACAUAGAUUUGCCCGCCAAUACACAUUAACUGCACCUGGGAAGCAAUUUGAGACAUUUAGAUGUUAAAGGUGCUAUAUCAAAUGCCAGAUUGGCAGUGCAGUCCCAUUAUAAUGCAUUUCCCUACAGUGCAAAAUCUCUUAUAAUGCAGUUGCUCUGUGCACCUCAUUCUGUGUGCAUGUGCACACCCGUCCUGCUUGUUUCCUGCACGCCGGGUGUUUUUUCACACUAAAAUGGCCAAUUUCCGGGUUAUUAGGUAUCCAAUAAUGUAACUUCCUGCUUUUCCGCACAUGUAUAAAGCAGGAAGUGAUGUUGGAGGUGACCUCGUGUAAGGUGAGCAUAGAUCCCCGAUUUCCAGGGUCUGUCCCCAGAUGAGCGAAUGUGUCCCUGGCCAAAUUUGCCCUGUCUUGAGUUCAGCAAAAACU